UAUAAUUAAAGUUUUUUUUACAUGUUAAAUUACAAAAAUGUGCUGCCUUAAUUUAAUAUUAAAUUUUUUAAUAAAAAUAUAAUAAUAAUAAAUGAUAUUUAUAUUAACGAGCAUAAUUUCAGAGUGUAAAAUUUUUCUAUGUUAUUCCUAUACUAAAGAUAUUCAAUAUAACUAUUGUACAUAACCACAGGUUGUUAUAUAAUAAUAUGUAUCGUAUAAUAUAAACUAAGUGUUCUUUAUGCAACAUCAAUUUAAUUGAAUAGAAUAAGUUAAUUUAAAUGACUUCUGAUCACACUUCUAAAUAUUUUGCUGAGGGAACCAGCAAAAGACUUGGCUUAGAAUUCUUUAAUGUUCCAUGUGAAGAUCUUGCAAAAAAUUUGUUGGGAAAAGUUCUUGUAAGACAAUUAGAAGAUGGUUCUAUUGUCAAAGGUAGAAUUGUAGAAACUGAAAGUUAUUUGGGAGGAGAUGAUGCAGCAUCACAAUCUUAUGGUGGUAAAAUUACUCCAAGAAAUGAACCUAUGUUUAUGAAACCUGGAACUAUUUAUGUUUACUUCACAUAUGGAAUGUAUCAUUGUUUUAAUAUUUCUAGUCAAGGAGAAGGUGCAGCAGUACUGUUAAGAGCUUUAGAACCCACAGAAAACAUAGAAAAAAUGUUAAAUUUUCGGAAAACAUACAUUAAAAGUCCAAAAACAUUCUUAAAAACUCGUGACUUAUGUAAUGGUCCAGCUAAGUUAUGUAUUAGCUUGUCAAUUGAUAUAAAAACAUGUAACAAACAUAAUCUAUCAUCAUGGAAUGGAAUGUGGAUUGAAAGUGAUUCACAAAGUGAAUUAGCCAAAACUAUAGUAUGUACUUCAAGAAUAGGUAUUCAUUGUAAAAAAGAAUGGCAAGAAAAAUUUUUAAGGUUUUAUAUUUAUGACAAUCCAUUUGUAAGUAAAGUAGAAAAAACUAAAAUGAAAUGUAUAACGUUCCCAUAGGAGUUUUUAAAAAUUGUGAAUCUAAGACAGUUCAAUUAUUUUUGUUAUUUUAUUUAUAUAUAAGAUUUUUAUGUAAGUACAUUAAUAAAUAUAUUAAUUAUAUUAUAGUGAGAUCUAAAGUUUAGUUUCCUAAUAAAG